AGUGUACGAAGACUCUUUAGUAAGUAUCUCAGCUCUCUGUUUGGUGAAAAGUGAAAAAAAUGAAGUGUGUAGUGGAAAAUUGUGGAAACACCCGCAAUCGGAAUCCUCCGCAUGUAACAUUCCACAGAUUUCCGAGAAAUCCCCAAACUCAAAAAGUCUGGGCUAAUCGCCUCAGGCUCUCAGCUGCGGACGUGAACUAUGAUAAAUACGUAUGCAGCCUUCACUUUAAACCUGGGGAUAUAAAACUGACCAAUGUCCGCAAGCAGGGCUUCAAAUACCGCCAUUGCUUGGAUCCAGCCGCUCUGCCAAUAGACUUGACGGCAACACAUGAGGAGAUUGAUGUGUCUGUGGCAUCAAACGAUGACACGGAAACAUCCACCCCGCUGGUUGGAUCCGAAAUUGCUCACAACACUAACUUCAAUGCAAUCGAGGAGUUAGAAGCAAAUUUUAUGGUUCAAAACCUUCACAACCAGAACCAGAAAUCUUCAGAACCAGAAAACAGCUCCAUGAAUGUGGAAUCUCAGAUGUUAGUCAUCGGAGACCACGAUGAUAAUGAUUCUGAAAUUGAAUGGUUGAUUGAUCCUGACACUGAUGACGAUAUGUCUGGCGAAUGGAGAGUGGACAGAGAUUUGGCAGCGUCCAUAGAUACAGAGCCCCAACCACCACAUUCAAAGGCUGCAAUUAGGGAGUUAAAAGCUGAAAUACAAAAGUUGCAAGAGAAAGUGAUGGUUUUGAAGAAAAAAAAUCAGGCUCUUAAUAUGAAAAUAAGACGACGCGAUGAAAAAAUCGCCAAAUUACAAUCGUCUUCCUGCAAAUCCACUGUGAACACUGCCAUUAUAUGUGAGCGUUGCAAGACAUCCUUUUCUCUGGAAUCCCUUAGUGGAGUUAUUCGCCAAAUUGUUGAGCGCAUCUUGGCAAGAGGGGAGAGGGAAUUCUUCAACGAAAAAUAUGAAGAAGAAUUGAAAUUCUUUGCCGUGCAGUUGCACUUCAUUUCUCCCAAAGCGUACAGAUUUUUAAGGAGUGAGCUGGAUAAUAUUCUGCCUAGCGAAAUCACCAUUUUGAGGUGGCUAAGGGUCAUAGAUUGUCAACCUGGAUUUUCGGACGAAGCCCUUACAUCUCUUCAGAACUAUGUGGCUAGCCAAAACCGGCUCGUGUGGUGCCAGUUGCUCUUUGAUGAAAUGUACAUUCAUCGCCAUAUCGACAUCAUCGGCGGUAAGGUGUAUGGAUUUGCAUUUCUAGGAAAUGCUUGCGAAGGGAAUGGUGAAGCCAUGAUCAAUGAUGGUGAUAAUGGCGAGGCGACUCAGGUGCUGGUUUUUAUGCUAGUGUCCAUCGACAUGCAAUGGAAGAUCCCAAUAGGAUACUUCCCAAUUAGCAAAAUGGCAGCCCCUGAAAAGUCUCAGCUCAUUUAUGAAGCCAUAACUCUGUCCGAGAAAACCGGUGUUAAAGUUUUGGGCAUUACCUUUGACGGUGCUCCGGUAAACCUGAGUGCAGUAAAGAAACUGGGUUGCGACCUUCGGAAAGACGACGGCGAAUGUUACACCAUUAACCAUGGAGUUGGUUGUACUACGAGAGAAAUAUUCGUGCAUCCGGACCCGUGCCACAUGGUGAAGAUGAUUCGCAAUCACUUUGCUAAUCACCAGCUUGUGGACGGGGAUGGUCAAGAAAUUAAAUUCGAGUAUGUACGCCUCCUCCAUGAAUAUCAGCAGAACAGUGGUGCCGGCAUUCGUCUUAAAGGAAAUAAGCUGACAGACAGUCACGUCGCAUUUUCCCAAAAUUCUAUGAACGUCGAACUAGCUGCACAGGUGCUCAGUAAAUCAGUCGCAGAUGCGAUUGAUUAUUGCAGGGUUGAACUGCGUUUGAGCAAGUUUGAAGGCAGUGAAGCCACCUCAAAAUUUCUGCGAAUUUGCAAUGGAGCAUUCGACGUUCUCAAUACGCAGAACUGCACGCACAAAGGGUUCAAGGCACCUAUCGUGGAUGAGAAUUGUGAAGAAAUCACAAAAUUUUGUGAAGAAGCAGUUUCAUACUUCACAGAUCUGCACAUCCGGAUCCACGAUAAAGCACGAGACACACAGAAGUUGCAGCCAAUCUCGGAUUCUCAAAUAAAGACUGGGUUUAUCGGAUUGAGGGCCUGCUUGAGAAAUCUCCCGGCUAUCAGCAUAAAAAUGAGGGAAUUUACCCAGGGAGGGUUUCUCACAUACCCGCUACUCCAGGACCACCUUGAAUUCUUCUUUGGAGAAAUACGAACUAAGCUUGGCUGCAACACGAACCCCACGAUCUACCAAUUUCGCGCCAUCCUGAAGCGGCUUUUGACAUGUGUGCAGAUGGGAAAUCUGCUGGAUAACACCAACUGUAAAGCACAGUCAGGAGUUAUCCAAACUCUGCAUGUUAAGGCCGUGAUGAAGGUUGAGCGUAGUGGUCACUCAGAGCCGAACGAUGUCGAACUAGAACCCAUUGCUGAACCUACCGAUGAAGACGUCGUUGGGAAAGAGGUGUUGGCAGUUCAUCUUACAGCAGAUAUGUUGGCAUCUAAAGUAAGAUUGGACUGUGAAAUUUGUGUCAGUAUGCGGGAAGUGAAUUCUUCGUUCGUCACAAAGCUCCUCGAAGAUGUGUGUGCUUUGGGAAACAAAUAUUUUUGCCAAAGAGUGCAGCAGAUUGGCCAAGCUCAUUUUCUCAAAACAUACAGGGAGGACGUUUGUGUCACCCACAUAAUACACCGCUUCAAGAACUACCCCACGACACAAAAUCUGACACACUUCAUUGAAAAAAACUCACACUUCUUGACAUUUCUUGAACCUGCCGUAAAGUUAUUCGCAGAGAAAAGAGUGCGGGAGGAGCUGAGAUUUUUCAAUUCCAAAAUAUCUGAGCGUCAGAAACUCCAUAGGCUCACUCACUUCAAAGGAUUUUAAAUCCAAAAGAUGAGUAUGUGAGAUUGUGGGGAAAUUGCAAGAUUUUGAAACAGGGACUUCAUUUUGGAGAACCACCGGGACCACCUCAGUUAUGGAUGUUCUCAAUGAAUGUUUUUAUAUUUUUGACCGAAAGGAAUAGGCAGAAAUACUUGAAUGUGAUAUUUCUCUUCUCGCAUGUCACCAUAAAGAGCCCUUCUUUGGAUCAAGUGGUAACACGUGAUGAACAUGGAUUUUAUGCUACAACAUGCGGCGCAAAAGAUCCUCGUUAGAAAUAACUUGAUACUGAGAAAGUUUUUUGGGAAGAAAACCGGACGUGACGUCGUUAGCAUAAAAAAUAUUGAGAAAAAAGUAUUCAAAGUGCUCAUAAUCCUGAUGUAAUAGUAGGUGAAUCCCCAAAGUUUCUCUUUAAAAAUCUUGCGGAUGAUUAAGGAUACUCAGUAACAGCAUGGACUUCACCAUGAAGACUAUCUGUGCUACCGUCGCUACUACAUCUGCUGGUGCGAAGAUUGCGGAAGGUCUCUGAAGCUGCCGCGGUAUGACAAGAAGCUGUACAAGAAGAAGAACGUGUCUGGUCCGUCCACCUUUAAAGCAGCCGGUUAGAUGAAAGGUACUUGCACAUUUCCCUGAUGAUUGCUAAAGUACCUGGACGCACGGGAUGCAACGGAUCAGGUCGAAAAUUUAUGUCAUCAGCCUCCAGGUGGGGAUGAGUGUAAACGUAAGGAUUGGGAUGGACUGGCACUUUCUUAGAGCUGUCGCUCUGGAAGAGCGCCAUUUAGUAUCUGAAAAUGGCUCAGCUGAUGUAUCAUAAUCUGAUAGACGCUUUGCGGAUGAGGAGUAGUUGUUUUACCUAGCGACAGUGUAAGAAUUAACGACAAAUAUUACGUACUGUGCCUCUACCAUUCAUUGGGGAGGAGCUUCACCGGAUAAUUGCUGAAGAAUCGCUGUGUGGUGAUUAGUUAUUGGACAUUGUAUUUUUUGCAGUUUUUUUUAUGUAAAAAAAACACCCACUUUUCCAAACAGCCUUUGGCUCGGGAAGUGGUUUUUUUUCCUCUCCAAUUAUGUCUGACCUAUUCCAAAAGCAAUCGUAACAAUGAUAUUGUAACAAAUAACAUACAGCCUGUGAAGGGACAUUUCCAUCGUUUAGUCCUGGAGGCUGGAAUCAACGCUAAGACGGCGAUGGACGCACGGGAAGGGGGGUAAAAAGACGAAAUGCGACGAAAAUAAAUUGAAUUGAAUUGAAAUUGAACUGAAUCUUAUAAUUUCUGGCAAAUCGGGUCAUAUCCCAGAGCACUAAGGCUAUGCAAUGUAGACAAUCGAGUGGCCUGGCUGGAAGAUAGGUCUGCAUACAGAGAAAACCAUAUUCUUUCAGAUGAGAAUUCAGAACUUGGAAAAGAGUAUUGAUAAGGCCAAGAAUAUUCAGGUAAAAAUUGAUAUACAACGGGAAAGCAGGAGCUAUCAAGUAAGAUCACGAUUAUAUUUUUAAU